AUGUUUUACUAUCCGGCUGUACUGAGGCGUCACACUGGAUGCUUUUCAACAGUUUGGCUGGUGGCCACAAAGGGCAUCAGAGUCACUCGCCGCGAUUUCCUCAAAGUAAAUGUAACCAAGACGUGUGAUGACAUCAUGGAUUACCUGCUGGAGCGUGUGGAGCCGCCGAGAGCCGACCUGCCCCGGCCUCGCUUCUCACUGUACCUGUCCUCCCAGCUCCAGUACGGGGUCAUCCUGGUCUACCACCGACAAUGUGCCAUUCUACUGGAGGAGACCCAGUAUGCGGUGGACUGGUUACUGAAGCAGAAAACAGCUCAGAGGAAUGAUAUGGACGACCACAGCAGACCAGCGCCGCUCCUCAAGGAUGUGCUGUCCUUGAUGGAGGAGACAGAGGGUGCCCCUGACCCCCUGUUUGGGCAGAUGUACAUGCAAGAGGAGCUGCCCAGCCCCACAGCUCUACUAUGGGUCCUCAUUCUUUCAAUACUGGCUCACAGCAUCUCCAGACAGCAUCACCCUGCGGGAGCCAGAGCUCUCUCCAUGCCCUUCACAGAGUUUGAAGGGAUGGAGCUUGCGGAGCUUCCCAGUACUGUUGACGUACUGCUGGCAGAAACUGAUCAAUUUCCAGAGGGGGAGUUACUGAGAGCAGAGCCAGGAGCAGAGCUGGAGCGAGAGCAGGAGAGAGGAGCGGUCGAACAAGACGGGACCAAAGAGCUGACUGACUCCACCGCAGAAUUACUGCCGACUGCCACCACCCUGUUAAGCGAAGACCAGGCUCUGUUGCCCCAGGACAAGCCACACCUGCCCCCACAGCCUCCAGCGCCCCCUGUAGACCAGCUCACACCAGUGUCCGCCCCAGUCAUGCCCUCCCCUCCAUCUGCUGCAGACCGGAGAGACCGGAGAGAACGGCAGAGAGCGGAGAUGGAGCGAGUCUCCAGUCCAGAGGAGGUGCUGCGGCGCAGGAGGAGGAGGAGGCAGCUCAUCUUCAUGGACGUGGACACUCAACUCUCUCAGGAGGAGCAGCAGCAGCAGAUCAGUGACCCCCACGCACAAACUGCCCCCGCCUCCCUCCUGACCCGCCCCUCUUUGUUCAAGUCCUUUGCUCUGGACCUGCUCAACGCCGCCUCCACCUCGCUCGUGUCCGAGGAGCUGCAGUUACUAUGGAGACGGGCUGCAGUCAUCACGCCCGUCCCGGGAUCGGACCUCCAGACCGGAGAGAGGGGAACUGAGUCCACCGAUUCUGAGAAGGACAGAGAGGGGGCAGAGAGAGAGGGAGAGGGGGGAGAGAUGAUGGAGGCGGAGAGGCAAGAGGAGAGCUCCAAAGAGAUCCCCAGAGACGAGGCCGAGGCAGAGCAGCUCGAUGUGUCAGCUGUGAUUUCUCUGCACUUGGAGGGUUCAGAUCAUAUGGAGGGCUCCAGGGAGAUCUCGCCCAUGUUCACCCCGGACAAAGAGGGAUCGGCCGUGUCCAGGUCCGUGUCAGUGCUGCAGGACAUCCCAGAGGAGGCCGCUGAGGCUGUGGGUGGGCCCCUGCAGCCCUCCCCCUCUCAGUUAGAGGUCACUCCUCAGCCCUGUAUUAAACCACAGCGCUGCCCUAAGCCUGUGUGCACGGCUCAGGAGCGGCUCUGUGACUUUCUCUGCAGGUUGUUGCAGGAGUUACUGGAGCGUGAAGAGGGUCCCACUUCUUUCCAGUCCCUCCUGCCUCUCGGGGCCGACCGCAGAACUGUCAGCCACUUUUUUGCAAAGCUUUUGGAGGAUUUAUCUUUCGGGAAACUGCAGGCGGAGCAGACAGCGCCGUAUGGUGACAUCUUGCUAUCAGCCUGUUCAGGGUCGCUCUAGUCGUCUGUAUUUUGUUCUAAAGCUGUUUUCUACUAUUUUUUAUGCAUUUUAACGGAAUUUGUUAUUUUAAUUUAACACAUACAUUACCUAACACUGUUUCAAAUUCAUAUAGAUUUUGGCAUUGUUAACCUGUUCUAACUUUUCACGCAUGAGAAAUUUGACAAAAACUGAAGCUGUUUUGUACUACUUUUAAUGUAUUUAAUGUAAUGCUUUCUUGAUCUGGGUGGGGAAACUUGUUCACUGCAUUU